GAAUGAUGACCAUGAACAGUAAGCAGCCGUUCAGCAUGCACCCCAUCCUCCAGGAGCCCAAGUAUUCCAGCCUGCACUCCAGCUCAGAGGCUAUGCGCAGGGUCUGCCUUCAAGCCCCUCAGCUCCAGGGCAAUAUAUUUGGAGGCUUUGAUGAGAGUCUGCUGGCCCGUGCUGAAGCUUUGGCGGCUGUGGAUAUUGUCUCACACGGCAAGAACCAUCCUUUCAAACCAGACGUGACCUACCAUACCAUGAGCAGUGUCCCAUGUACAUCUACCUCUUCUACAGUGCCCAUCUCCCACCCUUCAUCCUUGACCAGCCACCCUCACCACUCAGUGCACCAAUGCUUGGAAGGGGACCUUCUAGACCACAUAUCUCCCACUUUGACUGUCAGUGGCAUGGGGGCAACUGACCACUCAGUGAUGUCUUCUCAGAUCCAUCAACAUCAUCUGGGUGCCAUGGGACACCUGCACCAGUCAAUGGGCAUGGGUCAUCCCCACUCUAUCUCUUCUCACAAUGGCAUGUCCUGCAUCAACGACAUGGAGUCGGAUCCCAGAGAGCUGGAGGCGUUUGCGGAGAGGUUCAAGCAGAGGAGGAUAAAACUUGGAGUCACCCAAGCAGAUGUUGGCUCAGCCUUGGCCAACCUCAAGAUCCCAGGCGUGGGUUCUCUAAGCCAGAGCACCAUCUGCAGGUUUGAGUCCUUAACUCUGUCCCACAACAACAUGAUAGCCCUCAAACCCGUCCUCCAGGCUUGGCUGGAAGAAGCCGAGGCUGCUUACCGGGAGAAGAACGCCAAGCCGGAGCUGUUCAACGGCAGCGAACGAAAGCGCAAACGCACGUCCAUCGCUGCGCCAGAGAAGCGCUCGCUGGAAGCUUACUUCUCCAUCCAGCCCAGACCUUCCUCAGAGAAAAUAGCAGCCAUUGCCGAGAAACUGGACCUUAAAAAGAACGUGGUUCGGGUCUGGUUUUGUAAUCAGAGGCAAAAACAGAAAAGGAUGAAAUACUCUGCCGUUCAUUAAU